AUGGGUGGUUGUAUGUCAACAUCAGACCGGGCGGGGCGACAACGUUCCGACGAAAUCGACAAAAUGAUAGAAGAAGACAGCAAACGGUUCAAAAAGGAGUGCAAGAUUCUCCUACUCGGUUCUGGUGAAUCAGGGAAGUCGACGAUCGUGAAACAAAUGAAGAUUAUACACCAGAACGGAUUUACGAAGGACGAGCUUGAGUCAUAUAGACCGAUAAUAUACAAGAAUGUUCUUGACAGCGCUCAGGCAAUAGUCCUUGCAAUGCGAAAGAUCGGUGUUGAGCCAGAGCGCUAUUCGAACAGAGCCCUAGCGGACAGGAUCGUAGACCACCACCUCGAAGCGCCGACAUCAUCCACCGCAGCCCUCUCUGAAGACAUUGCAGACGCUAUACAUCAACUAUGGCAAGACCCCAUCAUACCUAAAGUCAUGGACGAACACAGCAGCGAAUUUUAUCUUAUGGAUAGUGCGAGCUAUUUCUUCUCAGCAGUCCAACGAAUCGGCUCACCAGGCUAUCUCCCCACCGAAGAAGACGUCCUCCGUGCGCGAGCCAAGAGUACCGGCAUAACAGAAACUCGAUUCAAUAUGGGGCAGUUGUCAAUACACAUGUUCGACGUCGGCGGCCAACGCUCUGAACGCAAAAAAUGGAUCCAUUGUUUCGAAUCCGUCACCUCGAUUAUAUUCUGUACGGCCCUUAGCGAGUACGAUCAGGUAUUGUUGGAGGAGAGGAAUCAGAACCGCAUGGUUGAAUCUCUUGUCCUCUUCGAAUCCGUCAUAAAUUCCCGAUGGUUCCUACGGACGUCGAUAAUCCUGUUCUUGAAUAAGAUUGAUGUCUUCAAGAACAAGCUGCCGAAGGUCCCACUUGAGCGUUACUUUCCUGAAUACGCAGGCGGCCACGACAUCAACAAAGCGGCAAAAUACAUAUUGUGGAAGUUUAUGCAGGCAAACAGAGCAAGGUUGAGCGUUUAUCCUCAUUUGACACAAGCAACGGACACGACGAAUAUACGGCUUGUAUUCGCGGCAGUGAAGGAGACGAUAUUACAAAAUGCGCUGAAGGAUUCGGGGAUACUAUAA